AGGUAAAUAUUUGUGUUUGCUCAGCCGGCUGUAAUGGUGGACGACUGAAAGGGGAACGAGAGAAAUAAAGCCUCAAAAACUGAAUUACGAACCCAACACUACAGCCCACGGCUCGGAAAUAAGAUCCGGCGAAUAUGGAUGAACUUAAACAUCAAGUUAUGAUAAACCAGUUCGUCCUGACAGCUGGAUGCGCAGCCGAUCAGGCGAAACAACUAUUGCAAGCGGCACAUUGGCAAUUCGAGACGGCGCUCAGUGCCUUUUUCCAAGAGACUAGUAUUCCAUACGGCCACCACCAUCAAAUGAUGUGCACACCGGCCAACACGCCCGCCACGCCACCCAACUUCCCCGACGCGCUCACCAUGUUCUCCCGCCUGAAGGCCUCCGAGAGCUUCACCAGCAGCGGCAGCCCCGGCAUGGGCUCUAUGGGCUCUAUGGGCUCCAUGGCCACCUCCCCGCCGCCGCCGCCGCCCAUGGGCUGGGGGAUGACCCCGCCCGUGCCCAGCCAGCCCAUGGGCCUGUGGACUCAGGGCGGGCCCGCGCAGGCGGCCCACGCGCAGCUGGCCCAGCAGCACCCGCACGCAGCACAGCACCAGCCCCACGGAUGGCCGUCGGCCGUCAACCAGCAAGCAGCCGCCGAACAGAAGGCCAGCGUCGCCAUGGAGGCCGAGAGAUGAGCGAACAGGACUGCGUUUUGAGGAUGCCCCCCCGCCCCCCUCUCAACACCCCCUCCGCUCCCCAAAGAAAACAACCAACCAACCACCCCCCCCCACCCCACCUCUCUUUUUACUCCUGCAUAGCCCUGGGAAGGGUGGGGUGGGAAGGGGAAACAGGAAGAGGCGGGGUUUCACAGGGGGCAGGGGGGGGCACUCUGCUUUCUCAUUGGCCGUGGGCAGAGAAAGGAGGAGGAGCUACACAACCAAGACAAAACAAGAUACCAAGCAACACAGACAAUUUAAAGAAGGGGAGAGAAAAACAAUGCAAGGUUAUUGAAACAAUAAUAAUAACGAUAAUAAUAAUAAUAAUAAUAAUAAUAAUAAUAAUGAAUAAACAAGAAAAAAACGCACAUCAUAUUACCGAAUAAGAAAGCAAGUGAAAAAAAUGUUCUUAGUUUUUUGUUCAUUUUAAAGAAAGCAUAGUUUUAAAGAAUAUAUAUAAAUAUAUAUAUAUAUAUAUAUAUAUGGAACUAAACCCGUCAUGCCCAAGGAUUUCUGAUACUCUCUGAAAGAUGGACAAUUAUAAGACAGCACCUGUUUCCGCUUCUUUCUUCUGUCAUCUGGUGUCUUAUCUGUGCGCGAGACCUGUCAACAGUUUGCGUUGCAUGAAGAAUUGGAUUCCGUCAUUUUAGUCUUUUUUAAAAAUUGAUUUACUGUUUUUUCAGAGACAUACAUGUGGACAGUGUGCAACAAGCGCACAAACACACGCACGCACACACACACACACACACACACACUCACUACAGCAGACACAAAACACAACUAGGGUAGUAGAAGAAACCAGGACAUUUUUUUUCCUCUCGUCCCUUUGGAUGAUGGGAUUCUGGACUCUGUUUACCUCGCUGGUCACCUGACUUUCUUCAACCAAUCAGGGAAUCACAAUUGUUCGUAACAAAGGACAUUUUUUAAAUCUCAUCAGAUAUCUUUUAUUCAGACAUCUUGGUAGACAUCUUCAUAGUAAUAUCUCUGGCUUUCAUGUCGGGCAAAGACACAGAGUUGGGACUGCAAAUACCCCCAGCCCUGGAUAGAUUUUAAAGUUUUGGGUAUUUUGUGGAGAAAGUCCAUUCUUUUUAGUGUUUUGUUUUUAAGGUUUUCAUUAAGAUUUGGACUCAAGCUGUUUGGCUAGUAAGACGGGUGUUAGGACUGUUUUGAAAAAAAAAAAAGCAACUAAGGCCGCUACAAGUUUCUUUUUUUAAAAAAAGAAAAAAAACAAAGCUACACACAAAACCUGACUACUAUAAUAAGAAAUGUUUGUAAGCAGAAUUGCCACUUUGCAUGAUGUACGCAAAUGCAUACCUACCAUCUUUUGUAGUUUGUUGCUUUUUUGGGGAAUUCUACAUGACCUGUAUUUUUUUUUUUUUCUUCUAAAUUCCAGUCCAAAACAUAUAUUUUUGUUUGGGAAAGAAACCUCUCACCCUCAAAAACUGCUGAGCCAUCAGUGUUGAGAGUGGGAGAGAAUACCACCCGUUAACACUCAUGUUCAGGGGCGGACUCAUCCCUUUUGUAGGGUCUGUUUAUUCAAAAAGGACAAAAGCAGAAAAAAAAAGUUUUUAUUGUUGGUCAACCUUUUCUGUAAGGAUGAGUGCUACAAAUCAUUCACACGAUUGAUACACUAUCAGUAACCCAUCAUAAACAAAAUUUGACUUCACAUAAUUCUUUUCUUUUGUGGUUUACUUUCCAUUUUGCACAGUUUUCUAAUCAAGAUGUCUCUGAUCACCAAUUUCUAAACCUUUUUUCAUGUAUGUUUUCCCCCUGUAUGACUGUAUUGAUGCCAUUCCCACAAUAUUUGUGGACUACCUGAUAAUUAAGUUAUCAUUGUUUGUGUUCCUAAAUAAAUAUUGUAUGUUCUAA